AUGGCAGCAAGGUUUUUCUUGAAUGGAGAAAUACUAUACAAGAAAACAUCUGAUUUGGGCCUUCUGAUAUGCAUCAAUGAAGAGGAAGCCGAUUAUAUGAUGAAAGAAAUGCAUAGUGGAGAUUUUGUUAGAAAGUGUGUUAAGUGUCAAAUGCAUGGUGAUGUUAUACGUGCUCCUCCUACAGAAUUGCAUAGUAUGACUGCUCCAUGGCCAUAUUCGAUCUGGGGAAUGGAUGUAAUCGGAACUAUUGAUCCUCCAGCUUCAAAUGGGUAUCGAUUCAUUUUAGUGGCGAUUGAGUAUUUCACCAAGUGGGUUGAGACCGCAUCCUAUAAGCAUGUGACUAAGAAAGUAGUGUCGGAUUUCUUGAGAAAUAAUAUCAUCUGUCGUUUUUGGGUACCAGAGACGUUGAUCACUGAUAAUGCCAAAAAUCUCAACAAUGAUGUGGUGGAUGGAUUAUGUGAACAGUUCAAGAUCAGACAUCGAAAUUCUGCCAUUUAUAGGCCGCAGAUAAAUGGAGCCGUUGAAGCCGCAAAUAAGAACUUGAAGAAAAUCAUUCGUAAGAUGACUGAAACACACCGGGAUUGGCAUGAGAAGCUGCCUUACGCAUUGAUGGCCUACAAAACUACUAUCAGAACUUCUACUGGUGCAACUCCUUACUCUCUUAUGUAUGGAAUGGAAGCAGUACUACCUGCAGAAAUUGAAAUUCCUUCCUUACGCAUUCUUAUGGAAGCUCAGAUAGAAGAAGCUGAAUGGGUCAAAGAACGUCAGGAGCAGUUGUCUUUGAUUGAUGAAAAGAGGUUGAAUGCCGUCUGUCAUGGACAAUGUUAUCAGCAACGAAUGGCUCGGGCUUACAACAAAAAAGUCAAGCCCCGUUUAUUUGACGUUGGAGAUAAGGUUUUGAAACGGAUUCUUCCAAUGCAAGAUGAGACUAAAGGGAAGUUUGCUCCUAAUUAG